AUGAGUAAAGGGAAGAACUGGCCUGCUUUGAUCAUUCUGGUCAUCAUCUUCUUCACCGUUGGUGGGAAUAUUUUGGUGAUACUGGCAGUGUCCUUGGAGAAGAAGCUGCACAAUGCCACCAACUUUUUCCUGCGCUCUCUGGCUGUAGCAGACCUGCUUGUGGGAGUCCUGGUCAUGCCAGCAGCACUCAUCAACAUCCUCUAUAAUUACUCGUGGCCUCUGCCCCAUGUGUUGUGCCCCAUGUGGAUCUUCCUUGAUGUGUUCUUCUGCACCGCUUCCAUCAUGCACCUGUGUGCCAUUUCUUUGGACCGCUACGUCGGCAUUCGCAGCCCCAUCAAGCACAGCCGCACGAGCCACUCCACCUACAAGGCCAUGACCAAGAUUGCCGCAGUCUGGACCAUCUCUCUGGUCAUCUCCUUGCCCGUCCCUGUGAUCAGCUUGCAGGAUGAACAGAAGGUCCUAGUGAACGGAAGUUGUGUCCUCACUGAGCCACGCUUCAUACUGGUGGGUUCCUCUGUGGUGUUCUUCCUCCCCCUCAUAAUCAUGGUGGUCUGCUACUGCCUGACCAUGCGGGUGCUCCAGCAGCAUCUGGCCACCUUCUCCACUGAGCACAGGAACUGUGCUAACACCAAGCAGCCAUCGCCUCAACCCAGCCUCCUGAGUGAUGGACCUUCUUCUCAGUCUAAUUCCCCAAGAAAAGGAGUGCUGCAUCAUCUCAGCCCUCCACUAAGGGUCCGUGAGUGCACAGGUCCACGAGGUCAAGGGAAACGGCGCAUGGCACAGGCCAUCAAGAAUGAGCGCAGGGCCUCUCAGGUGUUGGGUGUGGUCUUUUUCCUCUUCCUGGUCAUGUGGUGUCCGUUUUUCGUCACCAAUGUUCUGAUUGCCAUGUGCCAGAAUGGAUGCAGUAAACGCUUGCUCAGACUACUGGACAUUUUCGUAUGGGUGGGCUACGUUUCCUCUGGAGUCAACCCGCUCAUCUACACCCUGUUCAAUAAGAACUACCGGCAUGCCUUCUCCCGCUACCUGCGCUGUAGCUAUCACAAACAAGCUAAUCCUGUGCUCAGUAACUCAGCCUGUCAGGUUUAUUCGGUUACACCUACCCCCGUGCUGUGUGAGAGGAGCUUCACAGACACUAAUGCCAACGGUGUUUCAGGGUUCAGUGGCUCCAAUCGGGUGUACAGACAAGACGAGAUGAUGAAAGAAGGUGUUAGUAAUUUUGCCAGCUCCAUGGAUAACAUCAGUAGAGUCUGA